GAUGCAUUUCUUCUCUGCGACAGAUGGACGCUUGAAUUGGCUUGAGGACGAAUUCCCGCAGUACCUUGAGAGUCUCCACAGUGCCUGCAAAUCAAGUGGAAAAAAAUUCCUAAGCCCAGAAACUUACGAGGCACUGCUGCUCACAAGCAAGUCUUCUGUUCUUUGUAUUAAGUACUUGCUGGAUAGUGGGUUCUUUUAUGUCCUCACGAGAAAUCUGUCAAGUGAUCCGGUUGAGGUCCUGUUCAGUGCUUUGCGUCAAAUGGCGGGUUGCAAUGACUGUCUAGACGCUAGAGCUGUCACCUUCGGCCUUCAAAAGUUACUCCGGACUGGCAUCCUGUGUGCAUCGCAGGCAUCAAAUGUUGGAAAUGGUCAGAUUGUUAUGAGCAUGUACAGUGCUUCUACAUCAACCCAAUUGAGCAGAGUUGAUCCAGCUGUGCCGAGCGGGACAUCUUCAGGACUGGACACAUCGAGCAUUCCUCAGAACACCUCGGCUAAAACCAGUAGUGCACUACUCAGCUUGUCUGAACCACCCGAUAUUGCGGAUGAUCAAAGCAGUGUGUCAGCAGCAACUAGCGAUUUCCUACUUUCAAGCUAGUGCUGUUUCCCCAUGCUUUUGCACCUUUUUCAUGCCGGUCACUAAUAUGUAGUUUCUGUACCGUUUUGUUUUCUAGCAUUUGUGAACCACCGAGUUUCGUGGAUGAUGUCAACAGUUUGCUGGCGCCCUUGAAAGUGAUGCCCUGUAAGUAGGCAGACUUCAUGUAUUGCGCAUGCAGUUAUAAUAGCCUUUCGAGCUUAUUACUUUUUCAAGCCGGGAUUGGAGCUCCAUAUUCCUUAAUUAGUCCUGAUAUAUGAGCACUUUGUUCUUACCUUUUCUUUUUCAGUGCAGCGGCCGCCUUCAACAGUAGAAACCGCUGCAGUAGCAUACGUCGCCGGUUUCGUCGUGAAAGCGAUAGAAGAACAAAGGAUGUGCAGCGCCUGCCCGAGACUGAAUGAUUCGGAACCAUCAAUAUCACCAGUGAUGGGACUUAUUAACCACCGAACUAGAGGGGGUUUGGUGUUCCCAAAGCCCGAGGUUGUAGCUGUUCUUGUAAAAGUAAGGCCAUCGACAUCGCAGUGCCACGUAUUGGCACAAACGAUGUGUGCAAGAAGAUCACGGCAAUGAUUUUGCCGCAUCUGGAGAGUUGUCCUCUAUUUAUAUGCGAGGCAAGAGAAGACCAUGCCUCGGUCACAUCGUCAAUAGUGGCAAAGAAAUUCAUAAAGCCCCUCCUAUCAAACAUUGUUGCUCUUGUUACGGACAGAGUGGCCUAUCGCAAAAAAUUAAUCACUAAGCCGCUCAGUCGAAAGGUUUUGCGCGUUUAAACAGCUCGAGCGCGCGCGAGCUGACAACUUUUUAUUGUAAAUAAAUUCCUGCAUACACUGA